AUGGCCGGCGGCGGUCGAUCCUCAACGACUCGACUCCACGGGCUGCGUGACUGCCGCACCACCCGUCGAACACACGCGGACAGGCUUCGCAGCGAUAUUGACGAGGAUGAUGCUACUAUGAACCUCGGUAUCUACACCGCACUAUCGGGGCCAGACAGGACUUCCGGAGAUUGGGCGCCGAAUCUCCACUUUGACCUCUCGUUCGACCCGGAUCGCGUCGGUCGGCUCGUGGUGCUCCAGGCUUCCAUUGACUACGGACACUUACGUAUGGGCGGUGGUGAUCUUCCUGCAAUCAGCUUGGAAACAGCCGUCUGGUCAUUCCAUUCCUGCUCGGCUGUCCACAAUCUGCCCUGGCAAUUCGUAUCGAGCCAGGCGAGCAACACUCCAUCCAUUCCAUCUCGCUUCAACGCUUGCGAUCUCAUAUUCGGCCUAGUGCCGGUGGGUCAGGCGUAA